CAAACGAACGAGCGAGGAGCAAGCGGCGUUCGGGAAACCUGAUUGAGGUAACCGAGAACCACCAUUUGUAGCUGCAGCUGUACGGAGUAGCUGCAGCUGUACGGAGUAGCUGUAAGCCAGUAGUGUGGUGGUGACAGGCUCAGAGCAAAGGAAUUUCACACCAGUGUGGUUGGUCGUCACGUGCAGGGCUUUGCCAAGCAGGCGUCAUGCCGCCCCUGCCCGCGCCAGGAACAAGCUGAACUGCCCCGAGCUCUGCGUCGCAGCCGCGCUCUCUCUCUCUUUCCUCUCUUCACUCCGCUUUCAACCCAAAAUUUCAUUGUCCCAUUUUCGCUUCGGCGCUCCCCAUCGCCCAUGUUAGUCGCUAUUUCAUAAAAUCCUGCCUCUCGUGCACCUUGUCCAUCUUUGCGAAAACUACAAGCUGAUCAACGCGUCGCGCCAGCCUCAUCGCCCUCAGACCUCUCACAUCAACCCGAUCCUCUGCUGAUCCCCACACCAACACGAUGAGCGACUACGCCAAGAUGAAGAACGCCGAGCUCGAGGCUCUCCUCAAGCAGCGCAACCUCCCCCACACGGGCAAGAAGGCCGACAUGGUCGCGCGUCUGCAGGAAGCCGACAAGGUCCAGCCCGGCGACGCUCCCGUCGCAACCACCGCCAACGCCGAGGACGAGAUUGACUGGGACGACGACACGACCACCGACGCCGCCGGCAAGCCUGCCGCCUCGACCGCCACGAGCGAAGCCGCUGCUGCUGCCGUCGCGGCCGGCGGCCAGGGCCCCGUCGACAACCCCCAGGCCGUGCCUAACCAAGUCGUCGACACGGACCCCUCCAAGACGGACGACCUGUCGGUCAAGCCGCCCGGGGAGAACGAGGCGACGGCCGCCGACGACGGCGCGGCCCCGACGACCGAGGCCGCUGAGCCCGCCGUGCCGAAGAAGGACUACACGUCUGGGCUGAAGGAGACGACGCUGGAGGAAGAAAUCGAGAAGCGCAAGGCGCGCGCGAAGAAGUUCGGGAUCCCCGACGACGAAAUCAGCGACGCGCAGAAGCUGCUGGAGCGGCAGAAGAAGUUUGGCGAGACGGGCGGGCCCAAGGGCCUGAACGAGGCGCUGCCGGAGCGGCGCGAGAAGAAGCGCGCUAGGGAGGCCAGCGACGAGGGCGGCGCCGGCGGCCGCGGCGGCUUCAAGAAGCGCGGCCGUGGCGGCAGGUUCCAGGGUGGAGGGCGCCGGGGCGGCGAGCGCAGGGAGGGCGGCGGCGGCAACAAAGAAGGCAACGCAAGCGGCAACUGGCUGAACGAAAACGACAAGGCCAAGGCCGAAGCGAGGAAGGCCAGGUUCGAGGCGGCUCCCUCGACCUCUUGAGCGAACAAAACGGACGUUUCUUUUGCCUUCUUCCUUAAACUAGCGGAUCUGAACUUGGACGAGAAAUUUGGUUUCGGCGUUCUACUGGAGUUUAAUUCUUCCCCUGCCAUGCACGCACACACCCGUCAUCCACUACGAGCAGUUACUCCUACCUACUCACCUACUUACCUAUCUACCUCCUACUCUGUACCGUCGAGCCGCGCGCUGCUGUUGCUGCUGCUGUUUGUUUCCUUUAGGGCACAGAAAAGAAAAGAAAAAAUACUUGCGCGCAACCCUUAUGUAAAAUAGAGAUUUGUUCCGUCCUAUCCUGUCCUGUCCCGUCCUGUCCUGUCCUGUCCUGUCCUGUCUAGCCUUGCAGAGGCCAAGCUUGCAUCACCGUGCUCUAAGGUAGCUAGCUAUACCACACCACACCACGCCACGCA